GGAGACCCAGAGCCCCCCCCACACAUUAAAGAGGAACAGGAGGAACUCUGGAGCAGUCAGGAGGGAGAGCAGCUUCAAGGGCCGGAGGAGGCUGAUAUCACCAAGAUCACAUUCACUCAUGUCCCUGUGAAGAGUGAAGAUGAUGAAGAGAAACCUCAGUCCUCACAGCUUCAUCAAAGACAAACUGAACACAUGGAAACAGGAGCUGAUGGUGAGGACUGUGGAGGACCAGAACCAGCCAGGAACUCAGAUCCAGAGAGACAUUUACAACCAGUUAGUGAGGACAAGACUAGAGACUCUUCUGGACCUGAUAAUAAUUAUCACUGGGAGGAGACUAAGGAACCUCAGUCAGAUCUAAACUCUUUUGGAAAUGAAGAAGUCCCCGUCAGUGAUUCUAGAAGUAGUGCUGGAGAGAAACCAUUCAGCUGCUCUGAGUGUGGGAGAGGAUUUAUCCACAAGAGAAGUAUGAAGAGACACAACCUGAGUCACACAGGAGAGAAACCUUACAGCUGCUCUGAGUGUGGGAAAAUAUUUGGUCGUAAGUCACAUCUGAAGGAACACAUGUUAACUCAUGGUGGAGAGAAACCAUUUAGCUGCCCUCAGUGUGGGAAAUUAUUUGGCCGCAAGACACGUCUGAACAGACACAUGUUAAUCCACACAGACGUGAAGCAGCAGCUGCUGCUGGUUAAAGAAGAGGUUCCCCCUGAGCAGCAGGAGUGGAGUUCCAGUCUGGAGGACCCAGAGUCCCUCCCACACAUUAAAGAGGAACAGGAGGAAUUCUGGAGCAGUCAGGAGGGAGAGCAGCUUCAAGGGCUGGAGGAGGCUGAUAUCACCAAGAUCACAUUCACUCAUGUCCCUGUGAAGAGUGAAGAUGAUGAAGAGAAACCUCAGUCCUCACAGCUUCAUCAAAGACAAACUGAACAACUGGAAAUAGGAGCUGAUGGAGAGGACUGUGGAGGACCAGAAUCAGCCAGGGACUCAGAUCCAGAGAGACAUUUACACCCAGACACUGAGGACAAGACUGGAGACCCUUCUGACAGUGAGAAUUGGAAGGAGACCAAAGAACCUCAGUCAGGUUUAAACUCUCUGGGAAAUGAAGAAGUCCCUUUCAGUGAUUCCAGAAGUAGUGCUGGAGUGAAACCAUUCAGCUGCUCAGUGUGUAAGAAAUAUUUUACACAGAGUGGAAGUUUACAAAUACACAUGAGAAUCCACACAGGAGAGAAACUAUUCUGCUGUUCUCAGUGUGGGAAAACAUUUAGACAUUACAGUUCAUUUAGCUGACGCUUUUGUCCAAAGCGGCUUACAAAAAGCAAACAAUCAUGGAGAUACAACUCAUGGAAACAGGAUCUGAUGGAGAGGACUGUGGAGGACCAGAACGAGCCAGGAACUCAAAUCCAGAGAGACAUUUACACCCAGAUACUGAGGACAAGACUGGAGACUCUUCUGGACCUGAUGACACUGAUGAUUGGAAGGAGACCAAACAACCUCUGUCAGGUUUAAACGUCCCUGAAGUAGUGCUGGAAAGAAACCAUUCAGCUGCUCUCUGCUGGGAAAGGUUUUGCCUGAAAGAAAAGUCUGAAGAGACACAUCAGAGUACACAAAGGAGAGAAACCUUACAGCUGCUCAUUCUGUGUUUAAACGUGUGUGUGCGCGAGGCACAUCUGAAGACACACAUGAGGAGUCAUAAAGUUUCUUCGUGUUUUGUUUUGCGCACGCUCUUCAGUCUUCAGUCUUGUAUUCAGUCACUAACAAUAAACAUUGUUCACUAGCAUUUGUAUUGUUCCUCAGUGGAGAGCGAUUUAAACAACUGGUCCGAUAGCCAAGUCUUGUUCAAGAUGGCUCUGCUUUUUCCACUGCAGCCGGUGCUUCAGUCUUUUGUAACUCCAUAGAUACUUUCUGUGGUGACUGUGGUUUGGAUUUGAUCGUUAGUACGUGAAUCUGAAAUCCACAGAAGUACAUGCAUUUCAAUUGUGUAGCAUGUUGAAAACUAGUCUGCCUACUGUGAUCUAUCCCUUUGAUUUGAUAUACCAGGGAGGAAGUACUUGAGGAAAUGUUUCCAUAAAGGGUCGGCCAGCGCCAGCAGCUGCGUCGGCCGAGUACCUCUGAUUCUGGCUGCACCACCUGGGAGUGAUGCAUCCGUCCGCCCCAUCAGCAGGGAGCGUGGGAUGACUGGUCGUAGACGUAAGAAGGGGCUCUCCUCCUCGCUCCUACUAGUUCAGCCAUACGCCCGGGAGACCUCGUAUUUGCUCCUCACCAGAAAGACGUUACGCUAACACUUAUGGGUGCAGUGGCAUCAGCUAAAUGGCAGGUUAAAGUUAUUAUAAGAUGAUGUGGCAUUGAUAUUUAGUUGGAUUAGCCAAUAUGGAUUGAAAAACACAGUACAAAAUGUUAUCUUACUGGUGUUUGUUUGAUGUUAGCUGAUAUUUCAGAUUUGCUGUGAAAUCAAUGAAUGGGUUUGUUCUUUGUCUGAACUAACUUGGUUAGUUAUCAUGAGCAAAACUUGCAUUCCGUUUUGUUUUCCGUUAUUCUUUUUCCAAUCAUUUGUGCAGACCAGCGUCCUCAUCCAGCCUGCAUUGUCACAUUGAAAAUGUUCAU